AUGGAGCCGCAACUGCAGACGCCGCAGCUACUGUCCCUGGUGGAAGAGAUCAAGGAUUCUGUACUACAAGAAUGCAGCUCUUCUCGCUCAGCAACGUCGCAUUACCGCCUCCUGGGCCUGAUUGACCAGUUGAAGUACACGGUUGAGACGCCGACCGAGACAGUUCUGCGGGUGAUCUACCAGCCCCCGCAGAAUGCAGCCCUUCGUACCGUCAUCGACCUUCACAUUUUCCCCUUGUUACUGGAACACCCCGCGAAAGGGCUAUCGGCUACACAACUAUCAGAGUAUACCGGCGCCGAGAGGGCACUAAUCAUCCGCCUGAUGCGCGUCAUGACAGCGUUGGGUCUGUGCGCCAACAUCGAGCCAGAGGUGUACCUCCCCACGGACAAAACAAUAGCAAUGACGCAACCGAUUGGACGUGACGGCGUUCCAUGCAUAUACGACCUGACCGUUCCAACCCUCGCUAGACUUCCAGAGUACUUCCGCGAGCACCAUUACCUCAUGCCCAAGGAGUACUCCCGAUCCCCAAUGCGAUGGGCCGUAGGGCAAAGUCAAUUCGAAUGGCUCGCCCAACGCAAGCACCACCAGGAACUAUUCAACUCAUACAUGUCCAGUCGACGAGAAGGCAAACCUUCGUGGUUCGAGGUGUAUCCGGUUGAGAGACUCACGCGUGGCGUGCUGGAGCAUGGCGAUGCCGUAUUCCUGGUUGACGUAGGAGGAAACCAAGGCCAUGAUCUGAUUCGCUUCCGCGAAAGGUUCCCAGGUGUUACUGGUCGGUUCGUGCUCCAGGACCUACCAAAAGUGGUCACUUCCGCACCAGCAAGUGAGGAGAUUGAAGCCAUGGCAUAUAGCUUUCUGGACCCGCAACCGGUGAAAGGCGCCAGAGCUUAUUACUUCCGUGCCAUCUUCCACGACUGGCCGGAUUACAUUUGCCACAAGAUCCUGGUCAAUACCCUCUCGGCCAUGACCAGCGAGUAUUCGCGCAUUAUCAUUGCGGACUUUGUCCUUCCGGAUACCGGGGCAGGGCUGCUGCAGGCGUCGAUCGAUAUCCAGAUGAUGAGCAUUGGGUCUGGGAUGGAGCGGUCAGAACGUCAAUGGAGGCAGCUAUUGGGAGCUGCUGGGCUGGAGAUAACCGGCAUUUGGAGUGGGAGUCCCGGUAUGGAGAGUGUUAUUGAGGCGGUGCCUACACGGACUGCUUCGCGAUUAUAG